CGUUUAGCCAGAAGUCGCAAGAGUUACACCGCCUGAUGAGUUCUAGGAAAUCUCUGCUUAGUUGAAAUUGAAAGUCAAAUGCUCACUUAUAGCCAACUCAACCUGUAAAGUUUAAAAGGAUUUAACUUGUUUACCCGUCAGAAUGAAUAACGAGGCCAUGCAUCGCACGUACAUUUGUGUUGGUAGAACCGGCACUGGAAAAAGCUCUUUGUGCAACACCAUCCUGGGUGCAAACAAAUUUAGAGAGUCAGACUCAAGUACGUCCGUAACGUCUGCUCCAGAGUUGGCCAAGUCCAUUAAUCUUGGCUAUAGCCUCACUGUAGUUGACACCCCCGGCGUAAUGGAUACUGCUGUGAACAGUGAUAAAUCCAAGAAGAAAAGUUGUGACGAGAUGAUUCAAGCGAUGGUUCAAUGCCCAGAAGAAGGCAAACGAGCUCUUCUGUUAGUCCUGAAAUACGGAGAUCGAUUUACUGAAGAGACCAGAAAGUGUGUGGACAUCAUUGAGACAAUAUUUGGAGAUCAAUGUCUGGAAAAAUGCUGUAUUAUUGUCUUCACGCAUGGAGAGGCUUUUGAUAUAAACAAUGAGGAAACAAACAUUUCCUUUGAAAAUUGGUGCCAAAUGCAACAUGGAGACUUAGAGCCUUUAUUACAAAGAUGUGAAUACAGGUGUUUAUUGUUUCGAAAUAAAACUAGAGACACGGGAGUCAUCAGACAACAGAUUGAAAGUCUGAUACGAAUGACAGACAAUCUGGAUGAAAGUUAUACUCAAGAGAAAUUCGAAGCCGCCAGAUAUAAACAUAAAAGGCUAAUUUUAGAAUCCAAAUUACCUGAGCUGUUAAAAAACUAUGAUCUUCAACUGAACGAACUACAAGAAAAGACAAAUAUCAAUCUCGUUAAAGAUAGAAACAUGGAGAAACUCGAUUCUUUUAAAGAGGAAGCAAAGGAAAUGCUGAUAACGUUACAGUCAGAAGAUGAAGGCAUCUACUACAGUGAAGGUGAAUUGAGUUUAUUUCACCAGCAAAAAGUGAGAGCUAAACAGAUAGUGAAACAAAUUCAUAUUCAACAAAUGUACAAACUGAAACUGGAGUUGACAACUUCUAUAAACAUGUUUAAACUUAAAAUUCAGACUAGUGAACAGUCAAGUACAUUGGAUCAACUUGAAGAUGAGAUAAAGCAAUUCUUCGCACGAUUUUCAGACUUUGGCUUAAUUAUAGACAGAGAUACGAUAACAGCGGAUUUGGAAAGAGACAGCUUUAUUGGUAAGUCUGAAGAUAUACAGCAUUUUGAGGAGGUGAAUGCCUUAAUACAUGAACUCUAUAAACUGAUGGCCGAGAAAAGAAUGUGGUUGAGUGAAAGAAUGAAUGAAGACGAGUUGAAGAGAAAAAUACGAAUUCUUAGACAAAGGUUGAAUUCGAUUCCAGCGUCAGAGACUAAUAGCCAACAGGCGGAACAGGUCUUGAAAGAAGCAACGGAACUUUUGAACACUGUAAAACCGAGCAGGGCUUUUGAGAAAUUACUUGAAGAUCUCAAGGACAUAGUAGCCGAGUCCGAGCUAAAAAUAGAACUAUGUGAGAGAAAUAAAAAGAAUGCAGUCUUUGAGGCAAUGUUUUCUAUAGCCACAGGCGCCCUAGGCAUCCUCGGUACUGCAGCUGGCUUGAGUCGGCAUGCCAUUGCAAGAGGCCUUAGUAGAAUGAUGCCAGGCAUUGCCUCGAUUUCGAGAUCUGCUUUUGACUUCAUACGAAGGACUAAACAUUGAUUUACAUUUUUGUCAUGUAGACACAAAGGACAAAAUCGAAUUAAAAUCAAAUAUUUAAGACAUAAAUAGUCACGUUGAUCAAUCUUUAUAUGGAGAAAAGUGCACCAUAUGUAAACCGAAAAAAAAACAAAUAGAGCAUCACUAUGCUCUAUCCCUACUAUGUAACCGGUACUAUUUAAGCAUAUGUUCAUUCAUUUCUAGCAAUACUAGAAGAACAUGUUCAAUAUCUUCAAUUGAUUUACACAAUAGUAUAUCAAAGUAUAAAUCACAAAAUGUAAUUUUUGGAAAGUAAGUUUUGUGAACAUUAGUAGUUACUAAACAUUUGUGAGUUGUCCUUUUUCUAUAAAGCUUGCAUUAAAUGUAUUUAAUGUUGUUUGUAUAAAUUCUAGCUCUAUUACACAUUUAAUCACAUGACUGAUCCAAACUAAUUGAAACACUAACACUUCGUAUGAGCUUUGUUUUGUUUUUUUACAUUGUAUAUUUGAAUCUUUUUCUUGAUUAAAAAUAUAAUCGAUAUGGAGUUAUCAAUUCUGUCGAAACAUCUGUCAGUGAAUAUUCAAAUCUAAUUCUCAUCGGACUUUUUUUCAGUGAUGCGUCCAGUGAAACGCAUGUCUGAAAUCGUAUCAACCCCAGUACAGAAAAGAGGGCAAUGAAAUGACCCAGAUAUUAAACAUACUAUUUCAUGACUACGUAUCAGGGGUUACAUCAGAACUAUGAUUCUGUCCCUUUUAUGACGGGAAAUUACAGAAGUUAGGUCAAAGGCUCUACCUGCGGUUUGCAACCCCUUUGAGGGCCGAAUGAUAAAUUGCCAGGGGUCAUCUAAGACCCCCGGAAACUUGGAUUUUUUUGUCUAUUUAUCAUUGGCAUUUUUAUUUCUUUUGGUUCAUUCUGACAUGCUAUUGCAAGGAUAUCUAAACUGUUUUCAAAAAAUUUCAGACCCCGUCUUGUUUGAGUUUGUGUUGCGCCUUCUUCUUCCAUUCCCAAGAACCAAUCUUUGCGAAACAAAGUUCUCCAGCUUGUUAUUAAGUCCCAAUUUAGAAGCAGACUUGAUGCAGAAGAUGACAUUCGUUGUGCUACUGAAUUCCUGGGGGAACAGAAACAAACUCAACUCUGGCGUGUUUGUAAAUACUGUCGAAACAUUGUUUCUGUAACAAUCUAUUUUACUGUAUCAACGACUGUACUUCGCCAUAUCUGUCAAAGUUUCACUGGAGUAUGCUUCAUCUAUAUUGCGAAUACGCAAUGAAGAAAACAAUAAAUAGAAGUCUGAAUAAUAACCUUUUCUAAUAUAAUUAUGAGCACUAAUUUAUGUAUCUGUAAACGAAAAAAUGAAAAAAAAAAUUGGUUGGGGGUCGCCGGCUUGUGAAAUAUUAUUUUAGGCGGCUGUGGUACUAUAAAUGUUGAGAAUCUCUGAGCUAGGUGGUAAUUCAGAAUACUAAUUAUGUAAUAGGUUUUAACAUUUUGAACAUGUCAAAACUGAUGUUCCAUAGAAUUGCUAUAGAAUAUUAUUUAAGAGUAGGCGAUGAAUGUAAUUUCAGUUUAACCCUUUACAUAGAUUUAGACAUGUAUAUGAAGCUUGAGAGGCGCGGUGGCCAAGCGGUAAAUCGCUUGGCUUCUGAAACGGUGGUCCCGGGUUUGAAUCCUGGUGAAGACUGGGAUUUUGAAUUUCGGGAAUUUUGGUCGCUUCUGAGUCCACCCAGCUCUAAUGGGUACCUGACAUUAGUUGGGGAAAAGUAAAGGCGGUUGGUCGUUGUGCUGGCCACAUAACACCCUCGUAAACCUAAGGCCACAGAAUCAGAUGACCUUUACAUCAUCUGCCCUAUUGACCACAAGGUCUGAGAGGGGAACGUUUUACUUACUUUACAUAUGAAGUUUAAACAAAUGUGUAUAGCUCAUUUAGGUUAAAAAAAAUCUGAAUUAAGGUACCUACAUUUAUAAGCCUUUAAUUUCAAUAUAACUCACAUCAGUAAGCAAAGAAAAUAUUACAUGGGAUUAAAAUUUUUGGAUUCAUAUAAGGGGCACUAACGUUUACCUCAAGUUAACGACAUAAUAAAAACUCUGGGUUAGUUCAUUGCUAGAUUUAAUAUAUGGAAUCUUUGGUUGGACUUGUAUGGAGGCCCCUACCUCUUUUGAAUACAUUAAUGAAAAAAAGACUUUAUAAAUGUUUGUACAUUAUAAUAAUGACAUUAUAUGUACACAAAAGUGUCACACCAUUAUUUGGUAAACUGUGACAUUGGUUGAGAACCACAACAUUCGUGAGCUUAUGACGGUUAUGGAAUUUGAAGUGAAUUAUUUCACAGUGGUAUGAUGGGAUAUUGGUCACAUGAUUACGGCAGACCACAUGGGCAAGAUUUAGUCCACGCCAUGAUUUGUUAGAAGACAGACGUAUUAGGUCUGUAGAAUGGAAUGCUUUUUCUAAUUAUUUAGUGUGUAUUCAUUUUUGGAUUACAAAUGAUUGUGUGGUCUUGGUUUAAUGUGAAGUACUCAAGUUACUGAUGGCUGAAGUUGCCUAUUUGUAAACUAUUAUUUUAUUUAAUAAAUGUGAGUCUGCUA